AUGCCGUACACGCCGCCCUCGCAGCGCUCUCCGGCCUUGUCCCCCUGCUCUUCGCCCAAUGCGGGCCGUGGACCUUUACCCGCACGUCGGGCCUCUCUCCCGCGAUCUAGCUCUUAUGCGAGGAAUCACCAGCGAAAGUCAUCUGUUACCGAUGCCUCAUCUGGAACACUGACGCCUCGGGGCACCUCGGAAGACCUCCCUAGCCUGGCCUCUUCCGCCGUCGCUGUCGCCGCCCAACAACAGCAGCAACGGCCGUCGGCUCUUAUGCCCUGGACCGACGACCUCAUCAUGCCACACGGGGCCGUGAUCUCUCCCCCCGAUUCUGCCUCGUCAAGUAGCGACGACGAGGCAACGCUUCCGCAUAUCCGUGGGCGCCAGUCCGCCAAGGCCAAAGGCCUCAAGACUGCCGUGACCCAUCUCCCGCAUGCUAAACCUCCUCCUUCCUAUCCUCAUCCACAGCAGCAGAGGCAACAGAGCCAUGCCACCGCCUCACGGGACGCAUCCAAGUCACAGAGCAAUGAGGGUGAUACGCGCAAGAAUAUGCACCUCAGCCUCAGCCUGGCUGCUCUCGAUGACACCGCCAGUCGCCACCGCCCACGCAAGGUGAGCCACGUACGUUCCGCCACCGAGCCCAACGCCAUUGUCACCCAGUCAUCCACCGAGAACACGAGUGACGACGAGAAUGGCGUCGACAUCGACAACCCUGAUGAGGCUACUGCUUCCAAGCCCCCUAUGGUGCGCAAGAAAUCCGGGGAGCUCGUUCGCCCUGCCUUGAGGCCCUCGUCUCGCCGCCGACCCUCUAGCAUGCCGGGAACCCCAGUCUCCUCCAAAGCGGUCCACUUUGAUUCUCACCUGGAGCACAUACGUCAUUUUCUGCAGGUAGACCGCCCACUUGCUGUCAGUGCAGGAUCCUCGCCCGUCGAGGCAUACCAAAAUGAGGCCGAGUACCCCUUCCCCGGCGCGUCGCGCUCACCGCCCUUCGAAUGGGAGAUCUCGACUCCCAACUUUCCUCAGAACGGAACCUCCCGAGCCGCACUCCCAGUCAAGCUGGAGAAACUUUGGCUCUCACCCGAUCAAAAGUCCCUGCUAGGCUAUGUCGCCGUCGCAAACCUGGCCUUUCAGAAGCACGUCUCGUGCCGUUUCACUCUUGACUCCUGGAAGACCACGUCCGAGGUGACAGCGGAGUACUGUCACGAGAUCCGCCCCUGCGAGACUUCCGUCCCCCACGACCGUUUCAGCUUCUCCAUCAAGCUGUCCGACACAGCCAAUCUCGAAUCCAAGACUCUCUACCUCUGCGUUCGCUACUCAGUCAACUCCCAAGAGUUUUGGGACAACAAUGCUGCUGCCAACUUCCAGGUAGACUUUCGUAAGAAGCAUCUGCCCCAGAAUGGCAAGAACAACUUCAACGGCACGGCUGGACGCUCCUUGCGCAACAGCCCCCUACCCCGGAGCAACCACCGAUCUAGCGCUAGCUGUGGUGACAGCAGCACCGUCGUUAGGUCGUCGCCUUCUGUGGAACCCCAGCAGGUGCAUGACCAUUCCAGGGAGACAGAAUACGGUCACUCGCUCCGACACUAUCUCGGCGAUAGUGACAACGGCCCUGGCCUGCGCCUCCGUUCAAAGUCGUCACAGGAUAUUGCCGGCGAUCGUCUAGACAUGGGGCUGUCAUCUCCCCGAGGCGUGGCCUUUUCCAAUCGUUACGACUUCGGGGCCUCCCUCAGCGCUGCCGUCCAGGCCGCGAGGGACACCAUGAGCAGGGACAAGGAUACGUUGUACUUGCAGGACAAUAUUAGGCCAUCAUCCACCGUCAAUAACGACAAAAACAAGAAGCCUGUUCUAGUCAUUGAUGCCGCUUCCUCCCCUUCAUCUGGUGGUGCUAGAACGACCACGUCAACUUUGCCAAGCACCUCAUACGAAGAACUCGUCAACAAAUACUGCUUCGCCCUGCCCGCAACACGAGCGAAGCCUGACCGGAAUAGUCCCACCCAAGAUGGCAAGGCCUUGAGCGUGGAGCAUCACGGGCCUGAGCCGGCAGCCACUGCCUGCACCACGAAUACUACGCCCACUGGUUUUGGCGUCUCUGAUGCUCCAUUCGGGCCUCAAAUUCCCGAGCGCUUCUCUUGGCGAGGAGACACACACAGCACUCCAACCAUACGGGGUUGA